AUGUACGUGCCGCAGCCUGGACCUCUCCGUCCCAGGGCCUCUGCCUUGGGAGUUCUUCUCUUGUGCGCGAGCCUUGGGCUGGGCUGGCGCAGCGCUUGGGUGCCGGGAUGGGGCGCCAGGCAAGUGGGCCAAGGCUCUCUGUGCUCUGAAGGACUUUGGCUGGACCACUACUGCGCCCAUGGAAUGCGACCUGCCGAGCCACCCAAUCUACUGGAGCAGAUCUCCGCCAUGGGCCCACCACCUUGGGCUUUUCUGCCUCCCUGGGUGCAGAUGCUUGCUCCGUUCGUGAUUAUCAUCGUCCUUGGAGCUGUGGCUCCCACCUUCUUUGGCCGAGCCCUUUUCGGAGCCCCACGCGGCGCAGACCUCUCCGAGUGGCUGAAGCAAAAGGCCAUAGAGGCGCGUUACACAUAG